GUCAGUUCAGUGCAAACCAAGUCUGAUAAGAAGAAAAAAACACCCACUGACAAAUGCAAUGAGUAAAGAGGACGUUCCUGUUUGUGACGUUCCCCUUGUGGCGUCGAAGGGAUGCGGGGAGUAACGGUGUAAAAUUCCCCGGGAAAGAGAAUGAGCAACUGAUGAGGGUCAACAUCACCCAACAUCACAAGGGUGCUUCACACCGACACACACACACAUCUUCACUACUGCGGUUUGGCCCAAGGGCCGUCCGUGUGGCGCUCCUCUCCUUUUAACCACCGCCGAUUUGGGAGGGGGGGGUAGAAGGAGAGCACAAACACCGUUUGAAAGUGAAACCUUUUAUACAGACUUCUGCUUUGCUUCAUGCCAGCUGUUUUCAAGCUAAAGCCGGAGUGUUUGUUCCAGAGUUGCAACACGGCACAGAGCCCCGGAUUUUCUCAAGCCAAGAGCUGAUCUCCAUCCGCCAAUCUGCGGCUGAACGGAGCAGCUGAGCGCCGUUAAGCACUAAAUCUCUCAGUCAGCGACUCUCCCCGUUCACCUCUGUGGUAACAGAGAAAAUGCCUCGGGAACACAAACCGGUCCUGCUCUGUGUCUUGACUGUCUUCACGUCGCUGGUGGUGGGUGUGGAGGAGAGGCAGCGAGGCUAUGAGUGCGCCGACCUCAACAACGCCACCUGGCAGGAGUACCGGCAGCAGAGGUUCAAGCUGCAGGUACAGUACCUGCUGCUGACGAGGAGAAACAUGGACUGUGCACAGAUGUUCAACCAGGAGUCUCUCUCGGAAACACAGCAGCAGCAGCAGACGUCCUACUUCAACGUGUCCCUCCCGACUAAGGUCAUCGUCCACGGGUACAGGGUGAUGGGCAGUAAGCCGUCCUGGGUGAAGCAGCUGGCCCGCGCCCUGCUGAGGGCUCAGGACGUGAACCUGUUGGUGGUGGACUGGGUCUACGGCGCCUCCUUCGCCUACAACCUGGUGGUGGAGGACUACAAGGAGGUGGCUGUGCAGAUCUCGAUCCUCAUCAACCAGCUGCAGCAACGUGGAUGCAAACUGGAGUCCUUCCACUUCAUUGGGAUCAGUCUUGGGGCGCACGUCGCUGGCUUCGUGGGGACUCUGUUUGACGGGAAGAUAGGACGGAUCACAGCUCUGGACCCCGCUGGACCGAUGUUUAAAGGAGCCGACACCUUCGACCGGCUCGACCCCUCCGACGCUCUGUUUGUCGACGCCAUCCACACAGACUCCGACUAUUUUGGGAUUUCCAUCCCUGUGGGUCACGUGGACUUCUUCCUGAACGGAGGAAAGGACCAGACUGGAUGUGCUCGCUCCUGGUUCGCCUCAAUUCUGGUCUACUUCCCAGUGUACGGUUAUGUGAUAUGCGACCACAUGAGGGCGCUGCACGUCUACAUGAGCGCGCUCAACGGCUCGUGCCCGAUGGUGGGGAUCCCGUGCUCCAGUUAUGAGAACUUCCUGAAGGGACGCUGUUUGGACUGCGACGUCUUCAAGGGGACAUGUCCCACCAUAGGUAUAUCACCAAACAGCGGGAUCGUUGUCUCUCCAGUUCCCAGAGAGCAGAAGCUGUUUCUGCUCACCACUUCUUCACCGCCUUUCUGCUCUCGUCACUUCCUGCUGCAGCUGGAGGUUUCUCCUCUGGAUAAGAGCGCUGAGGUGGAGGUGACGCUGACGACCGAGAACCUGAGAACCGUGCGGAGACUCAGGCUUCAGACGGACACGAUGGUGUACAGGACGGUGUUGUCUCACCCGGUCGCUCUGUGUGAGAUCGACUCCAUCAAGCUGAAGAACACCGGAGCUCGAUUCUACAGGCAGUCAGAAAUCCACGUCAAGUCCGUCUGCCUCUCCGAGUUCCCGUCUCUCAGGCAGGAGGAGCCGCUGUGCGUGAACAACAUCCGCAUCAGACGAGGAGCUCCGUGGUCACAUGACUUUGUCCAGGUGUGUGGUUCCUUCUAAAGACAUGAGAUCUACUCCAAAGACCCUGGAGGGGUGGGGGGGGGGGGGGGGGGGGGGUUAACCACCUUGUCUCAUGAUCAGAGAGCCAAAGAAAUGCAUCAGUCUAACUGACAACAUGCAGUCUAGUCAAACUUUAAUAUUUAGUUAUAUCUACUGAUCUCCCAACAUCUGGAUCUACUGUACGUUUUUAUCUCUUAUUUUUUUGUUAUUGAAGUUUUCCUCUUAGCUCCUUCCUGCUGUGUUGAAAAAAUAUAAAUAAAUAAACUGGUGACUGUG